AACUAACUCAUUAUUCAUUAACCUUCCCUACCAAAAAAAUGGCGUGGAAUAUAGUGCUUUCAAAAGUUAUGACUGUGCUGUGGCUACUCAGCACAGUUGUGACACAAGCACAAUCAAAUUCACGACCAUGGUCACCAUUCAAAUCAGUACCCAAAGACCUAGCCUCAAAGUUUACACGUAACCCUCAAGCCCUUUCACUAGCCUCAAAUGAUUUCGGGAAAAUAGUUCACAAAACCCCAAAGGCAGUUUUCGAGCCACAUUCCGUUAAAGAUAUCUCAGCUUUGAUAAACUUCUCAAACUCUCUUCCCAAUCCUUUCACCAUAGCCACUAGAGGGCGAGGCCACUCGGUUAGUGGUCAAGCCAUGACGCGAGAUGGGGUGGUGCUGAACAUGACUCACCUCAAUGCUUUCAAACACGGGUCAAGAAUUAAGGUUGUUUGUGAUGGGAAGAGUUCAUGGGGUUGUUAUGCUGAUGUGGGUGGUGAGCAACUGUGGAUUGAUGUGUUGAAUGCAACUCUUAAACAUGGACUCACUCCUCUGGCUUUUACUGAUUAUUUGUAUUUGACGGUUGGUGGCACACUCUCUAAUGCUGGGAUCUUUGGUGGAACCUUUAGGUUCGGACCUCAGAUUGCCAAUGUUCUUGAACUUGAUGUUGUUACAGGAAAAGGAGAAUUUGUGACUUGCUCUCCUGAAAAAAACUCAGAAGUAUUUUAUGCUGUUCUCGGAGGAUUAGGUCAAUUUGGAGUGAUAACAAGAGCCAAAAUACCUCUAGGACCUGCACCCACAAAGGCACGUAGGGUCCACUUGCUUUACAGUGAUUUCGCUACAUUUACUAGAGACCAAGAGUAUAUAAUCUCGUUCAAUGAAAGGAAUGACUCUAGUGAAGCAGAUUUCUUAGAAGGUCGUCUUCUAUUAACACAAUUGGCACUGGAACUUUCCUUCUACCCUACUGCUGAUAAACCAAGGAUAACAUCCCUUGUGACUAAACAUGGCAUCAUCUACGUUUUAGAGCUUGUCAAAUAUUUUGACAAAAAAUCUGAAGCACGCGUGAAGCAGGAAGUUGAAGAUUUGAUUAAAAAAUUACAUUUUAUACCUACAUUUAAGUUCGAACAAGAUGAAGGAUACGUGGAGUUUCUGCAAAGAGUUCACACGGCAGAGACAUUUAUUGAUCCACUUGGACUUUGGAAUGUUCCUCAUCCGUGGUUGAACGUCUUUGUUCCAAAAUCUCGAAUCAUAGAAUUUAAUGAAGGUGUAUUCAAGGGAAUUGUUGUUCAGCAAAAUGUUACGUCAAAAUCUGGACUUUAUUUAGUCUACCCAAUGAACCGAAAGAAGUGGGAUGAUAGGACGUCAGCAGUUACACCAGAUGAGGAUAUUUUCUACUCUGUAAAUUUUUUUAAUUUUGCAACUAGUGGGUAUGAACAUGCCAAGAGAUUCGAAGUUCAAAAUCAAUUGGUAUUGAAGUUUUGUAAGGAUGCUGGUAUUAAGAUCAAAGAAUAUCUUACCGGUAACAAAACACAUGAAGAAUGGGUGGAACAUUUUGGUUCUAAAUGGAAACUUAUUGAAGAUAGGAAAGCUGAAUUUGACCCAAACAAUAUAUUGUCACCUGGACAAGGGAUUUUCCAAUAAACAAUGUGCUAGAUUUUAAUUUUAAGUUUCUAAUAAAUCCUCGUUGGAGUUAGUGGUCUUCUCAGUCCUUGUAACUUGUAAACGGGCAUGCCUGCCGAAUGUUUUAUUUUAUGUUUUUAAUUUGCUGAGUGUGAUUAGAAAAAUGCUCAACGCUUUGGAAAUGAUUUGAUGAAUAAGUGAAAUCUCUUUCAUGAAAAUGUGAGAAAUAAAAAGUAACAUGAUUGUCAAUUUCUUA